CUGCCACAGUGAACUGUGAUGGGGAACAAGCUGGUCAUAUUUACUGAGGAGCAAUUCGAAGACUAUCAGGACUGCACAUUCUUCACAAGGAAGGAGAUUCUCAGGGUACACAAGAGGUUCCGAGAAGUCAGCCCUGACCUUGUGCCAAAGAGUAUGACAGGAAGAGAACCUGUUACUGUCAGGGUGCCACUGGAGAAAAUGGAAAAGCUACCAGAACUUCGGGAGAACCCAUUCCGGCAGAGGAUCUGUCAGGUGUUCUCACGAGAUGGGAAGGGCAACCUCACAUUUGAGGACUUCUUGGACCUUCUGUCAGUGUUCAGUGAGCAAGCCCCAAGGGACAUCAAAGUCUUCUAUGCAUUCAAGAUAUAUGAUUUUGAUGGGGACCACCACAUUGGACCACAGGACCUGGAGCAAAGUUUGCGUCUACUCACCCAUAAUGAGCUCACACCUGAAGAGGUAGCUCAGGUCUGUGAGAAGGUCAUUGAGGAGUCCGAUGUGGACGGAGAUGGCAAACUAUCCUUCAUGGAGUUUGAGCAUGUCAUCACACGUGCACCGGAUUUUCUGUCAACUUUUCACAUUCGUAUCUAGAUGGAACACAACAGGCACAUUAAGGAAUGCUUAUCAUGUACUGUAUGUUUGAAGGUCAGAUGCACUUCAGCAUUACACAACACUAAAGUGAAGUCUUCAUAUAUAACUCAAUUUUGCAUAUUUCAACUGAUGUUGCCACCAAUGGCAGGCCCUGUUUCUUGAACCUUUCAGACCCUGAACACGCAGUUAUGUAGAGCAGAACACUCAAGACAAAAAAAAAAUAUCGAAAAAAGAAAGGAAAGGAGGAAUAGGAGAAGAUGAAAAAUAGAACGAGGAAGAGGGGUUGGAGUAGGAAGAGAACAAGGUAAGAGGAGAUGCAGUACAUAAAGGGGGACAAGGGUGAGAAGAGGACAGGAAGAAUGGGAUAUGAAUAUUCAGAGGAGGUGAGAUGAGGAAAUGGAGUAAGAAGAGGACAAUUAAGAAGAGGAAGAGAAGACUCCUUCCUGAUCCCUUUGGAGUCAGAGGACUAAGCAAGUGAAACAAUACUGUUGUGAUUCAUAUGUAUAUAUAAUUGGUUUAUUCCUUCCAGAAUCACAACAAAAUUAUUUCUUGAGCAGUGUUUUGAAGCUUCCCACUCAUCUCUUAGAAAAUGUAUCAGAAUGCAACAAAAACCAAAAGCUAAUGCCAUAUUUCUCCUGUCUCUGAGAACUACCUGAGAUUAUACAUCACUAAAUAAAUUAAUAACCUAUCA